GGAGCUGCUCCUUUUCCCAUCGGCGAGCUGACCGGGGGGCGGACGGGCUCCCCCGCGGCAUGAACCGGGUCCAACGCGGAGGCGGUGGAGUGGGAAGCCGCGGCCUCGGCACCAUGGAAGUGAAGAGCAAGUUUGGUGCAGAAUUCCGACGAUUUUCUUUAGAAAGAUCCAAACCUGGCAAAUUUGAAGAAUUCUAUGGAUUACUGCAGCAUGUUCACAAAAUUCCUAAUGUUGAUGUCUUAGUUGGAUAUAUAGACAUUCAUGGAGAUCUCUUGCCUAUCAAUAAUGAUGACAAUUAUCACAAAGCUGUAUCUACAGCCAAUCCUUUGCUUAGGAUUUUUAUUCAAAGAAAAGAAGAUGCAGACUACAGUGCCUUUGGGACAGAUACCAUGACAAGGAAGAAAAAUGUCUUAUCAAAUGUCUUGCGUCCAGAUAACCAUAGAAAAAAGCCACAUAUUGUCAUUAGUAUGCCGCAAGACUUUAGACCAGUAUCUUCUAUUAUAGAUGUAGACAUACUUCCAGAAACUCAUCGCAGGGUACGGCUUUAUAAAUAUGGAAUUGACAAGCCUUUAGGAUUUUAUAUACGUGAUGGUUCUAGUGUCAGAGUAACACCCCAUGGGCUAGAGAAAGUACCAGGCAUUUUCAUAUCCAGGCUUGUUCCUGGAGGCCUGGCUCACAGCACAGGCUUAUUGGCCGUCAAUGAUGAAGUUCUUGAAGUGAAUGGUAUAGAAGUUUCAGGGAAAAGUCUUGACCAGGUUACAGACAUGAUGAUUGCUAACAGCCGUAACUUGAUAAUUACUGUGAGACCAGCAAACCAGAGAAACAAUGUUGUUAGGAACAGCCGGACUUCUGGUAGCUCAGGACAAUCUACAGAUACCAGUCUUCCAAGUUACACUCCGCAUACUGUGCCGGUCUAUUACCCUGAAGAAGAGGAAGACAGUGAUGAAGAUGAUAUAAUUAUUGAAGAUAAUGGUGAGCCUCAACAAAUUCCAAAAGCUGCUCCUUCCAGUGAAAGCCUGGAAUCACUGACACAAAAUGAAACCAAUCAAGAAUCAAUGCAAAACGGCUUCAUUUCUUCCAGAGAAGUAAACUUGUAUUGUUCCACAGGCAGCAUUAACAUGGAUUAUGAAAUCCAGGACUCAGACCAAAAGACCUUAGAAGAAGAUGGGACAAUCAUAACAUUGUGAAAUUAUGCUAUUUUAUUCACACUUCUUGAAGUUAAGAGGCCAUAACAAGAUUUUUUUUAAAUUUGGCUGUUCUUAUGCAAUGUAUACCUCUCAAUUACCAUAUUCCAGUGGCAUUUUAGAUCUGUAGAAUGGAGCUGAGAUUCAUAUCAUUUGUUCCAUUUUGGUACUUAUCUGAGUAACUUGUAUUUUUGAAAGAUGGACUGGUUCUUGAGUUAUGAUUUCAAGACAGGACAUCAUUCCCAUGACUGAAAAUUGUGCAGAUGUAUCGUUCCAAAUGUCAGUGUACAUAACUCAUUUGAGACCCAAGAAGGAACACCACAGUUCAUGGUACUUGACUUGUGAUAUGGCUGCAUGUGUGACCAUUUGUGGAGCAUAUUUUCACUUAAUUGUAGACUUCCUUGCAAUUUCAUCUUGAAACCAUAUGAGAACCAGCCCAAAGAGCACCUUGUUUCACCACAGGAAUGUUAGUAAAAUACACUAACUGCACCUGAACUACAGCCAUUUUAGCUCUUCCUGUUCCAAUCAUGUAUUAAAAUAUGGAAUGGUUAAUGGUGAUGGAUUGGUUGAUUUCAAUUGUUAUAAAAUUUAAUUAAAUGAUUUAUAAAACUAGAAAGGAGAACCCAUUGAACAUAUUGACUCCCUGGAAAGAUGAGAGGUAUACCUGUUUUACUUUUUUCCUUAUUAAUCCUUGUCUGUAUUGUGAUCUACUACUGGGUGCUGGAGGGAUAAAUCUCCACUGUGGUUUAGAUAAACUCAUUAAAAAACAAUUAUGUUCUUUGGUCUUACCAAGCAUGGCUGUAUGCAUUUACCCUAGAAUGAGAGAAACUGUGAUUUUCAAAUGUUAUGAUACAAUCCAGGUCCAUUAAAAUCAGUGGAAUUUUAUGUUGAUUCCUGUAGCGGUUGCAGGGCCAGCAUCCAGACCUGGCAUCCUUGCUUGCUGAUGCCUUUCCACCCUGCCCCUUUAGUUUUCUGGUCCAGCACUCUGAGCACUGCCAGGUUGCUGGAUCUAGCCACUCUUUUAAUUUCCCACAAUCCUAUUGUGGUAUUAUUAUUAUUAUUAUUUAAAAAAGCAGGCUAAAUUUAGCUGCCCAGUGUGGCUAGGAGCGCUGUCACCUGAGCCAGGUAAGCCCAUCAGGAUCCAUUGACAGAAGAGGGCCCCCACCAGAGGACACUUUAUCUAAGAGACCAAGAAACCUGGAACUAGUCCUGUAGAGUUUUAUUGUACCUGUAAUGUGAAAGGUUUAAAAUAUUCUUCCUUUUUUUACCUUAACCGGUUUGCUCAUCUAGUACUGCCGCAUAUGUUUACGGAAUGAAUUACAAUUGGUAGUAUUGCUAAAUCCAAAUGCAACUUCUAAUGAUAUAUUUGGCUAUUGGGUAUUUCAUGAUGAUGAUGAUGAUGAUGAUGAUGAUGAUGAUGAUGAUGAUAUGAAGGAUCUUCUGUAACAGAAGUUUUCCUUAAAUAUGACCAAUUCCUUUAAGGAACAGUUCCUUAAAGAAGGUAGAACAUAAGGCCCUUGAAGCAAAUGCAGCCCUCCAGGGGGUCACAAUCUGGCCUACCGAGGUUCCCCAGGAGGCCAUGCUCCCUUCCCUGGUCCCACAUCCUUUCUCAAGCCACUGAUCAUUUGGUGGCUUCCUGGCCUUUGUGCAGUUUUUCCCCUAUUUUAAAAGGUGGAAAUACCUCUCUUAAGACUUAGUUACAGGUAGUAAGAGCUUUAAGUUAAAGUUGGCUGGUAUUUUGGCCCCUGCCCCCUUUGUCUUCAGCCCUUGUCCACUGCUAGGAUGCGGCCACUGAGAGCUUCUGUGAAAUGGAAUUCAACCCUUGUGCUGAGAGAGGUUCUGUACUCCCAAGUUUAUGUUGAUAAAUGAACCAAUCUGAAUACUUUGUUUGCCUUGUUUUCCCUUCGACAAAAAGCUUUUAAAAAGCCUUUUUUAUUUAGCAAAGGACAUCUUUAUAUUUAUCCUUUGCGCAUGUGCUCAUAGCUUUUACUUCACAUAAUUAUGAUUGCGGUACAUUCCACUUGGUUACAAGAAGAGAGUGGUUGAACAAAUAGAUAUUACAACCUGGUUGCACACCUUUUCAUCAUUGGUGAAUUAUGUUUGGUACUAUUAUGGAUCUAACAUGUUAAAUUAUACUGUAAAUGAGAUGUAAAAUGAACUUUUAACUUGGCAUGCUUUAACUUAAGCAUGGAAAUCAAAACAUUACUGAAAGUUGGAUGUUAAUAUAUUGUGGAAACAUAACAGAGUUAAUGUUUAACUCAUUAACUCUGAUUUUUCUUACUUGUACUGCAAUCACAUGCACGAUAAUUUUGGAUAUAUUACACAGCAGUUACAAACUUACAAAAUUAUUUUAUUAAACUGUAUUUAAAUUUUAGUCCUUAAAAUACUAGCCUCAAUCAAAUAGCUUGUAUUAUGAGGUGGAGUGUGUUGUUUAUAAAAUAUAGAUAUAUAGAUAUAUGUACACAUACCUGUAAAGCAAUCUUGGUUUGAAGUAAUUUCAUUACACCUAAUAUAAUUAAACACUGAGCAUUUGAUGAAACCAAUGAACACUAGAGAAGGAGGAUAAGCAAAAGGUUCCAUACAUUUUGCUAUAAAAAUGACAGGCUGCACUGCAUACAAUUGCAAAGUAAUGCAGUUGCCAUGAUGACAGAACUGUAGACAGUUUAUCACUACUGUGUUUUUACUAAAUCUUCUAAAAUCAAGUUGUUGAAACAACAUAGUAAAUUUUAUAUAUAAAACGGUACUGGGCUUCAGUACAACUUAAACUCUGAUGUAGGCUUGCAUAUACUACCUCUUAAACUUAAUGGUUAGCAUCUUGUGGGGGAGGUGGGCUGUCUCCUGCUGGAAGAAUACAUGAAAGCUUGAUGUAUGUACAACUUUUAACUGUAAAACCCAGAACUGACAGUAAGAACUUAGAUUUUAUUGAAAGAUCUAAUGUUCGUUCGGUGUGCGUGUCUGUGUGUCUGUGUAUACAUACACGUGUGUACAUUCUCAAUUUUUGACUGAAGCUUACAUUAAUAUGUAUGAACAAGUAAUUUGAAUUGUUUUAUCAGAUCAAAAUUGUUUAGAUGUUUGUACUCAUUUGCAACAAUGAGAAGAAUUUCAACUCCCUCUCAGCAGUUUGAAGAUAGAUUACCCUUUUAAGUGCACCUUAUCUGAAAGAGAGCAAAAUAUGGCUACAAUAGUACACUUUUUAGGAACUAUUAAUAGUUCCAGAUGAAGUCAAGCUGAACUGUGAAAACUUUGUUCUUCCACAGCUGUGUUGUUUAGGAUUUUGUUGUCAUGUACUUUUGUGACUUAAGUAUUUUCUAAUUAAAAUCGUUAUGCAACAUGAUUUUUACAUGAACAUGUAUAAUAUGGCAAAUGUCAGUAUUUUUCUUACCACUUUAAUGUAUGAUGUACAUUGG